AUGUUCGUUUCUUUUUCCCUUUUUCUUUUUACUCUUGAUCACAUACUUUUCGUGCGUGCUUCGUUGUGCUUGGUUAAACUAAUUUUCCAUCUGUUGAAUAAUUCCUUCCUUCUUGCUUUCAUUGCUUCUCUUUUCUGGGGAUUUCUAUACACUCCUUUCUCUUUGUUCAUUGCGUUUGUUGCCCUUUCUUCUCCGUCCUCCGUCCCGCCAUUCCUUCGAUCAACAAUAACGUUAUCUUUCUACGUUCAUCUUGUUCCUUUUCUUUUGACGUUUCCUUAUUUUCUUCCUCCUGUGUCAUCGUUUGAGCUGUUGACUAACUUUGAUCAAUCAUUCUAG